UAAUGGAAAUAGAAGGUACUAAGUUUUAAGAAAUCACACUUUUGAUUAAAUCAAAAUUAGUGUAAUUGGAGUUUGAUAACAGUGAAAGAAAACUGUAUAACUAUUCAAAGUAAUUAUUUUAGUCAUGAAAUCGAGAAGAGUAGGGCUGAGUAAGAUUAAAGAGUAAGAAGAUUAAUAGAAGUAAAGAAUGCAAUAAGAUAAAUGAUUAGGACCUUGAUUAUGAGGAUAGAUCUGAAUGGGUAGAAUAUCAUAAAACAUAAGGAACUAAAUAUUAUCAAAAAUAAUAAUAUGAUAAAGCUUUGUUUGAAUAUUACUUGUCAAUCUUAGCAUUAAAUGAUAAUAGAGUAUGGAGAGAAUUUGGAGUUAAUCUUAUAAAUAACAUUCAACUAAACUUAGAAUUAUUGAAGAAACCUGCUACUAUGGAAUUAUUAUAAUUUGUAUUAUAUAUUGAUACUUCUAACAUCAAAGCAUAUUUUAAAUUAGGUAAGUUCUAUCGAAGUAAUGGAUAAUUUCAAACUGCAUUGUAAAUUAUUUAAUAUAAUUAAGAUAAUAUUUUUAAUAAGGAGAGAAGCUAUGUUAAUAAACUUAAGAUAAAGAGUCAUAAUAAGAUUUUCAAAAAUAAAUUUUGGAUUGUAAAAGACAAAGCAGAAAUUGAGA